AUGUCUACAAAACCAAAUGAAGCAGCUGCAGGAAAUCCACCACCUCCAAAGCGUCAACCAUUAUGGCAUACAUUUGUUUCAGGAGGUAUUGCUGGUGUCAGUGAAAUAUUGGUUAUGUAUCCUUUGGAUGUAGUUAAAACUAGAGCUCAGUUGCAGGUUGGUCAAGGUGCAUCGAUGUUUGGUACCCUCAUGCACAUGAUCAAGCAUGAUGGUUUCAAGAUGUAUAGAGGUAUCGUUCCACCCAUUUUAGUGGAGGCACCCAAGCGUGCAAUUAAAUUUGCCUCUAAUAAAUUCUAUGAGGAAAAGAUAUUAAAUCAUUAUGGAAAUGCUCGUCCAACUCAAAACCAAGCGAUUGCUGCUGGUGUUAUGGCAGGUAUUACUGAAGCAUUUGUUGUUGUACCAUUUGAACUUGUAAAAAUUAGAUUGCAGGCAAAAGAAAAUGCUGGUAAAUAUAAAAAUACAGCAGAUUGUGUAUUAAAGAUUGCUCAACAAGAAGGUAUCGGUGGAUUUUUCAAGGGAUUGGAAUCGACACUGUGGAGACACGCACUCUGGAAUGGUGGUUACUUUGGAUUGAUCCACACCAUCAAAUCAGCGUUGCCAAAGCCACAGAAUGAGCGUCAGACACUUAUGAAUAACUUUGUGGCCGGUGGUCUUGCCGGUACCUUUGGUACUAUAUUGAACACACCUGCCGAUGUAGUAAAGAGCAGAAUCCAAAAUCAAGGCAGUGGUCCAAUCAAAUACAAUUGGUGUAUUCCAUCGAUGAUCACCGUUGCCAAAGAAGAGGGUAUCGGUGCACUCUACAAAGGUUUCCUACCAAAAGUACUCAGACUAGGUCCAGGUGGUGGUAUUCUCUUGGUUGUCAAUGAUUACGUUAUGAAACUUUUAGCAUCAAAACAAUAA